AACGAUUGCGAACUCCAAAUCAGUACUUGAAAGAAAAAGAAGGAAGUAGCGAACCGGUCGUCGGCAGACGCAAGUUGACUGGCCCUCAAGGGUCCCAGUAGCCACGAACAUGCUCUACGAGCGAGCGAGCAGCUCGGGCUCUCUCGAAGGUAUCGACAUCUCCACCGGCAAGAUCAGAGAAUGGCGGUCAAUCAUAACCCUCAUCGUCUUCGUUCUCACCAACAUCAAUGUUCUCUUCAGUUUUCACAUACCACUAUACGCCCCUCGGAUCUUGUGGACCGGUUGGCUUAAGACCCUAAGCGCAUUGCGCAUCAUAUCACCACCACAGAAUGACGUCUUUUCAAGACGUGCCGGACCUGGCGCACUUGUACGGUUCAACUUCCCCAUGAACUUUGUCACAUCACCGCUCAUAGCUGAUCUGUUCCUACUUGCCAUUACCGCCAUUGGUAGAGAAGAAGUCUAUGGUGGGACUAUCGGUGCCAACAGUAUUGUACCGUACGACAUUAUGCUAUUCUUCCUGUCGUUGGCAUACAUCGCUAUCUCGGUCGAUGCCUCGGGGCUAAUCAGAUGGCUGGCCUUUAAGGUUCUACAAAAGGGCGGUAAAGUCGGCCACAGGCUUUACUUCUACCUCUACGUCUUCUUCUUCGCGCUUACAGCCUUCAUCGGAAACGACCCUAUUAUCUUGUCUGGUACUGCCUUCCUUUCGUACAUGACGCGCGUAUCGAGCAAUAUCAAGCACCCUCGCGCCUGGAUCUACACCCAAUUCGCCUGCGCUAAUAUCGCUUCUGCCAUUUUGGUAUCUUCCAAUCCUACAAAUCUGGUUCUGGCAGGAGCUUUCGGUAUCAAGUUCAUCAAAUACACGGCCAACAUGGUCGUACCAGUAGUCGUCACUGGCAUCGUACUGUUCCCUUUCCUUCUUUACAUCAUCUUCCACGAUGAGUCUCUCAUCCCAUCUUCGAUCAAGAUGGAAGACCUCCCUGAUGAGAUCAAGAACAAGCCGCCGGUCAACCCCAACAUUCCUUUCGCCAAAGGUGAGCCGGAAGACGAAGACGUCGAUCCUGCCAGCGACAACGAACAAAAGCAACUCUCUCUUGAAGAGAUCUUGAACCCGUUCCUCGACAAAAAAGGCGCGAUUUUCGGUGCGGGACUUAUGGCCGUGACUUUGGUCGCAGUACUCGUGAUUAAUGCCGUCGCUCAAGGCACCCAUGAAUGGCCGGUGUUUUAUGUUACACUACCGGCGGCAUUCGUGCUGUUCAUCUUCGAUCUCGGACUUGGCUGGACAAACAGGAAAGAGACACGCAGAAUUGCCCAAGAGGGUCGACAGAGAGCGGAGACCGUCCACGCCGAAAGGGCAAAAAGGAGAAGGUCUAUCGUGCGGGAAGAGCCCAGCAUGCUCCAAAACGGCGAGUCCUUCAAUACGAGCAGCAGCAUCGAUGAGAAAACUCAGGCACCGACUGCGGCGACAUCUACACAGACGUCGAACGAGCGGCUGCAGAUCACAACAGACAAAGAGCAAGGAGUCAACGAAGAGGGCCGCCUAAAGAAUUCGACCCAGAAGAAGCGUACGACGCUCGAAUCGUUGAUCAAGGAAAGACACCAGUGGGCUCGGGAAACAUUCCCCACAACCAUGACCGUUUUCAACCACCUACCACUAGCUCUUCUACCCUUCGCAUUCUGCAUGUUCGUCCUGGUGCAAGCACUCGUCACGAAAGGAUGGGUUCCAGUAUUCGCGCAUGGCUGGGAUACUUGGGUGAACAAGACCGGUACGGUGGGGGCCGUUGGCGGCAUGGGUUUCCUGUCUGUCAUUCUCUGCAACUUUGCCGGCACAAACAUCGGCACCACGAUCCUGCUCUCCCGCGUUAUCCAGUCCUGGCAGGUGAUACACAUGCGGAAUGGCACAGAUAUAUCCAACAGAACCUUCUGGGGCACAGUGUACAGCAUGGCCAUCGGCGUGAACUACGGCGCUUUCAGCUUGGCGUUCAGUGCGUCGCUUGCUGGUAUGCUAUGGCGCGACAUUCUGGGCAGAAAGCAUAUUCGUGUUGGUGGACUUGAAUUUGCAAGGGUCAAUCUGCCCAUAAUUGCCAUCACGAUGGUGGUUGGUCUUACAGUGCUGGUCGGGCAGAUCUACAUUAUAAGGGAUACUUCUCCUUACUAUGUUCGACAAGACGCAUAAGUGGUCUUGCCGGAUGAGCUACGUAGCAGCUAUGAAUGAAAACUUGACAGCACCCACAACAAGGCUCAGACCAGCCUCUCCUCCUCGCCCGUUAUGAGCAAGAGCUUAUCCACCCUCAGGCUCGCAAAACCCCUUAUGUACC